UCUUAUUUUGAAGUGCAAUAAACCGGAAACCAGUUUCCACCAAACAUGGCGGCGCGUGGUAAAAGCUGUUGGGUUGCUCCGGAGGUAUACAAACACCACGAACAGAAGAAAGUAUGCAUAUCUCGGGCCAAAUAUCGAGAAGGGAGGAAAGCCAGGGCUGUUAAGGUGUACACCAUUAAUUUAGAGUCGUGUUACGUCAUGGUGCAAGGGGUCCCUGCCAUUGGAGUCAUGACGGAGCUGAUCCAGCUGUGUGCGCUGUACGGAACUGUGCAAGAGUACAGACCGUUGGAUGAGUACCCUGCUGAGGACUUCACGGAGGUCUACCUUGUCAAGUUCCAGAGGAUCACUAGUGCCAGGGCAGCCAAACGACACAUGGAUGAGAAGAGUUUUUAUGGAGGUGUGCUGCAUGUUUGCUAUGUACCUGAGUAUGAGACCGUGGAGGACACCAGGAUGAAGCUGCAGGACCGGAGGAGAUACAUCAUGUGGGCUGCUCGAAGUAAAGUCCAAGAGAGAGAGCUUGAAGAGGCAUCAAACAAGGAGUCAACAUCACAGACAUCAACAGAAACCACUCCGGAGAUCCCUCCUUCACAUAAUGAUUUGAAUGACCGGGUCAAUGAAGGAGAAAGUUCCAACUUUGAACAUCAUUUUGGCUUUCCUUUACUGCCGCUCCCGCCUCAGGAACAUCCCUUGUCGAGAUGUAACCAUCACGUACCAACAGAGGACAAAAUGGGAACACUGCCCAACGCCAUCAUGGACGCUAAAGAAAAGACAGCGUCGAGCUCACAUAAAUCUCUUGUUGCGGAGGACAGACUGACCUUGAGUAAAAUGUGUCCAGCCAAGUUUGUACCGAGGACAACAAACUUGGAGAGCAGAAAACGUAGGAUGGAAGAUGUUGUGUCACACGUGCUGUCUGAUGCCAUGUCAGGAAAAAAUGAGGCACUCAUUGGCCCAAAAUUAGAAGACACUCCUAUAGAGGACAUGGAGGACAACUCGCUGAACACGACUGUCAACUUGAUCAGGAACACAAUGAAGCAGGCGGCGUCUGUUCCUUAUCUUGGACCAGUUGGAAAAAAGAUGAAACCACGUCGGAGGAUUUGAUCGGGUUACCUUGCUGACAACCAUUUCCUAUUUUAUUUGAUGACACAUCUACUAAUUAGAUGAUAUUUGUACACACUUUUUAUGAUCAAUAUGGAGAAGGAGUAGGUCUGCUUUUUCAUACUCUUAUUCAGACAUACUAUUUUUUGUAAAGGCAGACCUGCUAAUGUUUUGGAAGCAGUUUUGUUGCAUUUCGCCGGUUUCAAGUUCAAUUUCGGAAAGCUGGAUUAUGGUCCUUUUUUGAGGAACUAGUUUACGCUACAUAGCUUCGCUCCUCCUGCAAACCUUGUUGCAUAGCAUGAGGUGAACCUACAGAAAAACUAACCUUGCAGACGGUAAAGCAGCUAAAUUGUUGAUUCAACUAAAUUAUUUUGAGGGUCCAAAUUUCCAGAAAACUAAGGACUGGUGGACCGGACUUCUACCUUAAUGUAAGUCUUAUUUUGUUUAUUACAGACAUUUGAUUUUGGUCUAUUUAUUUUGUCAGAGUUAUAGGAGCCUUCUGCUACAGAUCAUUUCUAAGACAGCACUUAAGGUUUUUAAGAAUCUGCUGCAAAUGUUUUGACCGGAACUCACAGGCCACCAGUUGAAAUGCUCAAACGAGGAUUAAAAAAAGCGCCUAAAAUAGAAUCUUGAGGAACACCACUAGUAUAACUAAAGAAGUUGAACAAAUGACUACUGACUGCAUCUGAAGUAAAAAAGUUACAGCAACACCUUAGUUUAUAAGUCACAUUACAAAACUGCCAAAAAGGACUUAAAGGGGGCCUUGAGGAAUGACUCAGUUGUGUAAAUAAAAAUGUGGACCCCAGUGUUGUAGUGUAGGUUAAAAUGUAAUGCAAGGUCCAAGUUCCUCUAUACAACAGGAGCAUAAGUGUUUUUAGGAAUUUGUCGCAAAAAUUGUUGUCUCACAAGUUUUGAACUGAAACAGGGUGGGGGUUUGCGGAUUUGGGACAACGUGUGUUGGAUUUUUAGCGCUGCCAAAAAGGCUUUGAGAAAGCUUGUAGAACAUUAUUUCCUGUGUAUAAUGUACAACCCACCUUCAAGAAUGCCUUCUCCAGUUUUGGAUGAGCAUUUGCAAUAAAAUUGGUUUAACUUUGA